AUGGACCCGACACCAUUCAUCGACACCAUCAUGGUCGAGACCGACUCGGACCUCGACAACCUCCUCCUUGCUCACCGCUCCGCGUUCACUCUAGAGGGCCGCUCUCUAGAUGGCCUCCAGGCGAACCUGACCCGCCACCGUCAACAGAGGCACCAGGAGCCGCACCUACGGUGCCGGCUCUUCACACUCACCGAGGGCCUCGAGAGUCCCCGAUCGCCCUUCGUUGUCAUGGCGGAGCCCUGUCUCCGCGACAUCCGCUUGAUGAACGGCAAGGGCUGGGACGAGACGGCGAUGGGCGCGACCAUGGAGGAGGUGCUGGCACGCAAGCGGCAGGGCUCUGUCAAGUCCGGCUCUACGAGUUCCUCGCGCACGGCCCAGUCCACGCAGGAGCGGCCCCGCAAAUCCGGCUUCAUCUUUCCAGACUUCGCCCUGCUCAUGGACUGCCCUUGCGGCGACCCGACGUGCCCAUUCACCGACUGUCUGGCUUCAGCCGAAGUCAAGGCUCUGCAGCACAUCGAGGAUCAUCGCCGGAUCUGCGAGCGCGUCAAGCUGGCGGUGUCAUUGUGGAACGCCCGGCAAACUCUCGACGGUGAUGUCUUGCUUCGUCGGUCCGUCGACAUCCCUCCCUUCAAGGGUACCUAUGAGACUACCGUGAAUGGUGCUAUCAAGGGUAUUCACGAGAUCAACAAGCUCGCCGAUCCCCGCCUGCUUUCCGCCAUCGAUGGCUACGAGGUGCCCCUUGCCACUGGGUUGCACGUCACGCCCAACCCCGUCGCCUCGCCCGCCGGCCGACCACUCCAGUGGUCUACCUACUAUCCGCCGCACAUCCUCAAUCUCGACAACAUCGUGCGCCAGGCCGCUGCCGACCGUCAAGCCAGGGUGGCGCUGGCCCAGGAGCUUGGGUAUGCUUUGUCGCUGGUCGAGGUCUCAAACGGCCGCCGGCAUGCGGUGAUCGUUGGCACAGGGUUCACACGCAUUCUCGUGAGGAGCCCGGACGAGGUCUUCAUUGAGCUGCGUGACUGGCAUCCCGAGGCUGGACUGUCGCCUCACCCCGUGCUCAUUCGAGAGCUCCUGGCCACGGUUGGGCAGACGCACCUGGGCCACUUCCUCCUCGAUCGUUACGAUCGCAUCGACCACGUGCCGCUUCAACUGUACCUCGACCUGUACGCCCGAUCUGUGCACGACCGUUUGAGCCACGCCACCGUCCCUCACCUCUCGGCUCUCCACUCCGACAGCGAUGCCGAGCUUGACUUCGACGGUUCUACGGCCUUCUCUGUCGAUCGGGCCCAUCGUUUGCGUGUAGUGGCUACAGCCAGGCAAUCCAAACUGGCUGGGACCGCGAAGCAAAGGGAGAAGGAGGACACCGGAGCACAAUCUGGCGCAUGCGGCAUCGGCAGCGGCGGCGGCUGGCCGGACAGUGGCCGCCUCAUCUUCACUUUCGAGCACGUGUUGCACAAGCCCUCGUCCUACAGCGCGCUAUCUCAUGGAGAAUAUCGUUGGCUAGCUGGCAGAUACUCUGGGGAGCCCAGGCGAAGCAGCCUAACAAUCUGCCACCUGGUUACAGGAUCACCAGUCGCAAGCAUGGUCAUCGUGUCCAUGAGCGAGGUCGACUGCUCACGGCAGAUGCUCUCCAUGCUCAUGAUCACUCGUCCAGGAACAGGGUCGUCCAGGCAGCCGACCUCCUGCCACCCCAGCUGUGCCUGCCGCUUGCCUGCGGCGCCCAGAGGUUAUGCUGAUGCCUGGCUCCCACCGAGUGCUUUCUCUAUUUUCGACAAUGGCCUCCAGGUGUUCUUCUCGACUUUCCUACGUCUGUCAAGACUCUACACUGGCUUGAAGACCGUCAACGCCAUUCGAAUCGCUGAGCGCAUCGUCAUAACGCCCUCCUCCGUCCUCAGGCAACGCCCUGGCUCCCAUGACGAGGUACUUAAACUUGGCUUCAAUGAGCACCACCUCGAGUAUCGUCCUCAAAAAACCGGCAACGGCGGCGGGUCGGGAGGAGAGUCGGGCGGCUCAGGUGGCUUCCCGCCGGUUGCGGGAGAGGGCGGCCGCGAGGGAGGAGGGCGCGGAGCCGGAGGGCAAGGCGGUCCCAGCGCCAGGUCUGGGUCGGCCGCGAGUGCGCAGUCGGGCGGUACCUCACACUCGAUGUCCGACUUGAUCUUUGAUCUGGACUUGGGCGGUCUGGACAUCGCGGCCGAGCUCACACCUGCCGACAUCGCCGCAGUGAACCCGACAAACGCGUCCUUACCUUUAGGCGCGGAUGCGCAGACGUAUGCCGCUGCUCGAUCGAAGCAGGAAGAGCAGACCGAUGACGACGAGGAGGAGACCCGUUUCCAGCUGCCCGAGCCUACUCCUGCGGCGUGGGCCAGCUUCGUCUCCAAGCUCGACCAUGCCGAGUCGUCGCUCGAAGCCAAGCAGGUUCUCGAAGACCGCGCCCACCUCGACUGCACACUCGCCCUUUUCGCCGAGGUUCUUGACGAGCGCGAGAGGGCCGGGUGCAGGUUUGUCGUCGUGAGCCCCGCCCAGAUGGAGGAGCUCCUGGACCGGGGAUCGGCAGCCGCCGAGCAGCGCUUCGCCGAGCGCUUCGCCGAGCGUCAUGGGUCGCAGGCGCCCGUCGGUUUUCCGGCAGAUGUGUCGGCGCGGUCGCCUCCGGACCUGACGCAGAGCGACUCGACCGACUCUCCAAGUCCGGUCCUGAGCGCUCUGAUGCCGACUGUCCCCUCUCCGCCGUCGACCGACGCUGACGCUGUCGCACCGGAGACGGACAAGGGCGCAGCGCCGUCCGAGCACUUCCGCGUCUGGGACGCCGAACAUGCUUAA